CGCCCUGGUUUCACCAGAGCUGAUACCGAUAUGGCAUCUUCUGGUAUCGAACUCGAGGCUAGCUCCAGCAAGAAAGACCACUCGAAAGCCCCUCACUCUUCUGGUUUGGAGAUCGAAACACCAGGUACCAAGACCGGUGUCGUUGCCGGAAGUGUCAAGGAAGUUCCUCCCUACCAAGAGAGCGAUGAUUAUAGCGUCCAUGAAGGUACCGCGACCGAUGACUAUGUCGCUGAAGAACACAAGGUUGUCGAGACUGCCGAGGACUUGGUGAAUCAGGUUCUUACAGUUGAGGACGAUCCCACCCUUAAUCCGUGGACCUUCCGAAUGUUNUUUCUUGUACGCUUACACAGUCCGCAACAUCAUGGUAGAGCUGACGAUAAUCAAAGGGGAUUCGGAUUGUCUAUUUUCGCCUCUGUUCUUCAGGAAAUCUUCUACUUCAAGCCGCAAACAAUCUAUGUCUCCAACGUCUUCUUGUGCGUUAUCGCAUAUGUACUUGGUGAAGCCAUGUCGAAGGUUCUUCCUAGCAAGGGUGUGAUCGGAAGUUGGCUCAACCCUCAACCUUUCAAUAUGAAAGAGCACGCNNUGCUAUUACCCUCAUGGCUUCAGCCGCAGUCUGCUUUGGCAACAGAGGUGCUUGCCGCACAAGAGCUCUGGUAUGGAGGUUACCCUAGCAAAGCUGCUGGAAUCUUUGUAGUAUUGUCGUCCCAACUCAUCGGCUACGGCAUCGCUGGGUUGCUCCGAGAGGUUCUCGUGUACCCAACCAAGGUUUUAUGGCCCAUCAACCUCCCGGUAACCACAUUGUUGGAAAAUCUUCACAAGGACAAGGUCGCGGCGAAGCAAAAGGUCAAGAUCUUUUACAUCAUCUUUGCGGUCAUCUUUGUCUGGGAAGUGUUCCCCGAGUACCUUUUCCCUGUCCUUGAGGGCGUCAGUAUAUUCUGCCUAGCUGACCAGUCAAACUUGGUCUUUACCAACCUCUUUGGUGGAGCAAGUGGCAACGAAGGACUCGGUUUCCUUAGCUUCUGUUUUGAUUGGCAGUACAUCGCCUCUCUUGGCAGCCCACUCUGGCUACCGCUCGAGACAUUGACGAACAUGUAUAUCGGCUACAUUGGCUGUAUCAUCCUGUUCAUGGGUCUCUACUAUGGCAACUACUGGCGCGCACAGGACUUCCCUUUCCUGGCUCAAGUACUGUUCACUGGAGAGAGCAACGGUACUUACUACGCAACAUACAACCAGUCGCUGAUCCUAAACUCAAAAAUGGAGAUUGACCAAACUCUGCUGGACGCACAAGGCCCACCAUAUUUGACGGCAACGUACAUCGCAUAUCUUAUAAGUUCAAAUGCAGGCUUCACCGCUACCUUCGUCCACAUGUUCCUGUGGAAUUACGACGAUAUCAAGGCUGGUUGGGCGUGGGCCAAGCCAAGUAACCUUAGAAAGCUGUUCAAGUCCGAGACGUACAAAUUCUGGCAAAAUCAAGAGACACCGGAAGAGAGACUGGCCAGGAAACAAGCUGACCCCACUCUCGAUCCUCAUUACAAACUCAUGUUACGCAACCUCUAUCCUGAGAGCCCGCACUGGUGGUGGGGCGCUGUUGUGAUCAUCUCGUGGGUUGUUGGUCUAGUAUGUCUUUACAGCAUGGACUCGACACUACCUUGUAAGUUCAAACAAGACACAGGAUCUCAAGAAGAGCCAUACUUACGACAGCANGGGUGGGGAUUCUUACUGUCUACGUGCUUAACCACGCUUUGCAUGGUCUUCUUCGGGGCACAGUUUGGCAUUACUGGGUUCCAGUUCAAUAUUCAGCCAAUUUGUCAGAUGCUUGCAGGUUAUAUGUUCAAAGGUCGGCCUCUCGCCAACAUGUAUUUCACGGUAUUGGCGAAGGAUCUGAAACUCGGGCAGUACAUGCAUCUAGCACCCAAAGCUACAUUCUUUGUUCAAAUUUCCGGCUGUAUUGUCGGUGCACUUUUCAACUACAUCAUGAUGAUCUCUAUCGUCGAAAACCAAAGCACGAUCCUCAAAUCGAUUGCGGGCAGUAACAUCUGGAGCGGCCAGAACGUUCAGCAGUUCAAUACUCUCGCUAUAGCCUGGUCCAUGCCAGCCGAGCUCUUUUCCGUUGGAGGCAGGUACGAGUGGGUCACCCUCUCUUACCUCAUCGGUUUCAUCGUGCCCGUCCCAUUCUGGCUGGCUUACCGCUAUACCAAACACUCGUUCUUCAAGUACAUGAACGUUUCCAUGAUCCUGUGGUACAUGGGCUGGCUGUUCGUCGGCAUCAAUGCCAGUAUCACGGUGUUCUUCAUUCUUGGCUUCCUCUCGCAGUGGUUCGUGCGUCGCCGCUACCCUGAGCUGUUCGUCAAGUACAAUUACAUCACUAGCGCUGCACUUGAUGGAGGCACUCAGGUUCUCGUCUUCAUCCUGACCUUUGCGGUCUUUGGUGGAAGUGGCAAGGCCAGACCUUUCCCAACUUGGGCUGGUAACCCGGAUACCACGGUACACAACCUCGACUACUGCAUGGUUAACCCCGGUACCUCUGGAUGA